AUGGUUACAGAAGACCAAGUUCAACAGCUUGAGGCUGACCUUGCGGCUGCUAGAGCAGAAGUAGCACGUCUACAAGCUACUCCGGGAAACGCGGACGGUCAAAAUAGUAACAGUUCAGACGCGAGGGUUGCGGCUCUGUACCGACAGCCUAAAAUUCCGAAUUUUUGUCGAGAUAACCCCCAGACUUGGUUUUUGCAGGCCGAAAUUACUCUGCGUAAUGCUGGGAUUCGGAAUUCAGUGACAAAGGCCGAUUUUAUUGCUGAAAAGCUGGACCUGGAAGCCCUUCAGGUGAUCCAGGAGAUUAUGACACGGGACCCUGCACCCGCUGACAUUUUUGAGUUAGUUAAAAAUAAACUUAUUGCUACUUUCGGAUCCUCAGCGGAGGAACGUUUACGUAAACUUAUUAAAGGCCAAGUUCAUAGCGAUGGUAAACCAUCUUUGAUACUCAAUGCGUUGCGAGCUCUUAAUGUUAGAUGCGAUGUUGAAAUAUUAAAGACUAUAUUUUUAGAACAACUUCCUGCAAAAUGUAAAGCCGCCUUGUCACUUUCGGAGGUUGUAGAUCUUGACAGGCUGGCUGCGUUAGCUGAUAAGUUCGUGGAGGCUUCAGGUGCAGAAUUGCAGGUGAGUGCCGUGGCAUCGCAGGCGUCAUUUGAGAAGCUCGAAGCCCAGAUUGCCUGGUUGGCUUCUGAGAUUAAGUCCUUGAAGACGCGCCAAGGUAGAUCCAGGUCGCGUGGCCAAUCCAGGCCGGUCGCCAAGUCGGUUUCCGUUGGUAGUAGCGAGAAGGCAGCGUUCGGAAAACUAAAUGGUCCUCGCUGCGUGGGAGCAGUGGGCGAGGAACUUCCUUCUCGAAGGCUCCAUAUACGUGACGGUGGGUCGGGGCUUGUUUUCCUUAUCGAUACGGGCGCUGAGGUGUCAUUGGUUCCUAGAGACUCUUCGUGGUCAUUGAAACCCACCGACCUUAAGCUUUUUGCCGCGAAUAAUACACCAAUCCAAACGUUUGGGGAGGUGCAGUUGCUAGUCGACUUACGUCUUAAAAGUCCAUUUAGUUGGAAGUUUUGCGUUGCCGCGGUCCCUUAUCCGAUCAUAGGCGCGGACUUGCUCAAUCACUUUGGACUCCUUGUCGACAUUCGUAAACGUAGACUUAUCGACCCAAAUAAUAACAUGUCUUCUUGUGGGUUCGUUAAACAGGUCGCAUCUUUUUCUGUCGGUGUCACGUCUUCUGAUGAAGUAGCUAAGUUGUUGUCCGCGUUCCCAGAGGUUACAGGACACAAGCCGGCAAAAAAGAUUGGUUCUCCGGAUGUUUUCCAUCACAUUGUGACCAAUGGCCCUCCCAUCUCAGAGCGUGUCAGAAGGCUGACUCCGGAGAAAUAUAAGGCCGUUAAACUGGAGUUCGAGCAGCUUGUGCGUGAGGGUUAUUGUAGGCAUUCUAGUAGCCCCUGGGCUAGUCCGUUGCACCUGACAAAAAAGAGGGACGGUUCGUGGCGCGUCUGCGGCGAUUUUCGAAGGUUGAAUAGCGUCACGGAACCCGAUCACUACCCAUUACCUCAUCUUCAUGAUUAUGCAAUCGCUCUUCAUGGCAAAUGCAUUUUCUCCACGCUAGAUUUGCAUAAGGCGUACCAUCAGAUUCCUGUUGCGCCUGAGGACGUCCCGAAGACGGCUGUAAUUACCCCCUUCGGCCUGUUUGAGUACCUUGGUACUCCCUUCGGGUUGAGAAAUGCUUGCCAGUCGUUUCAGAGGUAUAUUAAUCGGGCGCUCUCGGGGUUGGACUUUGUUUUCGUCUACCUCGACGAUAUUUUGAUCUUCUCGUCGAGCGCGCAGGAACACUUCGGUCAUCUGCGUGUGGUCCUUGAACGGCUUGAACGGUUCGGUUUGCAAUUGAAUCUUGGUAAAUGUAAGCUCGUCAAGGAUGAGGUUAACUUUUUGGGGUACGUUAUCAAUAGUGACGGUUCCAAGCCUUCAGUUGAUAGCGUUCAGGCGGUUUUGAAUUUCCCGAAGCCGAGGACGGUGGUCCAGCUGCGUCGGUUUUUGGGGAUGGUUAACACCUACCGCCGCGGUAUUCCCCACGCGGCUAAGACGCAGGCUCCUCUGAAUGAUUAUAUCCGUGGUUCGGUGAAGAAUGAUAAGCGUGAGAUCGCGUGGACGCCGGAGGCGGACGCCGCAUUUGAAAAGGCUAAGGAGGAUUUGGCUGGUGUUGCUCUCUUGAGCCACCCCGCUAUCGGAGCCGAAACUCGUCUGGUUACGGACGCGUCGGAUCUGGCAAUGGGAGCCGUUGUCGAGCAGCGUCAGGGCGAGCGCUGGAGACCUUUGGGUUUUUUCUCGCGAAAGUUUACGCCAGCGCAGACCCGGUACAGCACUUAUGAUCGAGAGCUGACUGCCGUGUAUGAAGCAACCAAGUAUUUUAGGUAUUUUUUAGAAGCAAUGGAGUUUUAUAUUCUUACUGACCAUAAACCCCUUAUUCAUGCUUUUAAGCAGCGCGCUGACAAGGCUUUACCUCGUCAGUGCAGACAACUUUCGUUUGUUUCGCAAUUUACUACUUCCAUUCAACAUAUUGCCGGUAUCGAGAACUCGGUCGCUGAUGCUCUUUCGCGUGUCGAUCUUAUACGUCUUCCUGUUGAGUUCAACUUACUUGAGUUGGCUCAGCUUCAAAAGGCAGAUCCCGAGUUGGCUGGGUUGUUGGAAGGCGCUGAGAAGCACUCGCUGGUCAUUAAGAGCAUCGAGUGGGGUCAGGACCACCAUAAAGUGUUUUGUGACGUGUCGGGAAGUGUACUUCAUCCGUAUGUCCCCCAACUUCUUCGUAGGAGAGUGUUCGAACUUUUUCACAGUCCUGCACACCCCGGGGCCAAAGUGACUGAUAACAUCAUCAGACAAAGCUGCGAGGGUUACUCGUACAUCCUAACGAUGAUCGAUAGGUUUUCUCGUUGGCCGGAAGCCGUGCCGCUUAAGGAUAUCUCAGCAAUUACUGUAGCGCGAGCUUUCUUCGAUAAUUGGAUCGCUCGUUUCGGUACCCCUUGUACCCUUACCACCGACCAAGGCCCCCAAUUCGAAUCGCAAGUCUUCAAAGCGCUUCUGAAUCUCCUGGGCGUUCGGCGAAUUCGGACGGCUGCAUAUCAUCCUGCAGCAAACGGUAUGAUCGAGCGUUGGCAUCGGGAUCUGAAGAAGGCUUUAAUGUGCCAUAAUAACAAAAACUGGCUUGGGCAGCUCUCGACGGUUAUGCUUGGUUUGCGAACAGCUGUGCGUCUCGACUCUAAGGCUUCGCCUGCCGACUUUUUGUAUGGUACUUCUCUUAGGGUGCCCGGUGAGUUCUGUCUUCCGGACGAUUUCAGGCCAGAUCCUCAGUUCUUCUUGGAGGAGUUUCGUGUGCACAUGCGGAACGUUAAACCCGUUCCUGUGGCGCAUCGUUACAAACCGCGUGCAUUCUUCUUUAAGGAUUUGCGUACUUGCACGCACGUAUUUCUGAAAGCUCCGCCCGCCAAGAAGGUUCUCGAGCGUCCCUACUCUGGCCCUCACGAAAUCAUCGAGCGUAUUUCCGAUCAGGAUUAUAAGAUUGUCGUGAACGGUUCGCCUAGAACAGUCUCUACCGAAUUGCUUAAGCCGGCUCACUUUAUUCCAGAAGACCUGCAGCCUCCACCACUUCCGGAGACCUUUGCACUGCCUAAGCAGGCUCCGGAGGUGCGCCACAUUCUUAAAACACUCUUACAACUGCUCGGUGGCGUGGCUGACGGCAACCUGACGGUGCUGCGCAAGAACACCUCGUAG